CUCCAAAGUCACCGCGCGUUUCGAAUGGAACGGUACUGGCGCGGCUUGCUGCUGUCUUGAGCUGAUUCUUCAAUGUCGACUAGUAAUCCAUUUCCUGUAGACCUUCAAAUUUGUCGUUGUUUAAAUCAUGAGACAACACGUUCAUUCAACAAGUUACCGUAUUACUUCAAACUGAUUCAAUAUGAAAUACUGAGGGAAGUUAUGAUGGACUUAACCUAUGAAUAUGAACUGAAUUUGUUAACAAGUCGUGAAAGGGAUGCAUAUGAGAUUCUUGCCGCAGUAUGGUCUGAAUGUCAUCUUAUUCAAGGCACGAAAAAGAUCGAUCUCGUCGACUCAGAAGAGAUAUGCAGAGAUAUGAUUGUCAACGAUAUUGUACCACUUUUGAAUAGAAACAUAGAAAAAAAGUUAGACGACAGGUUGGCGUUGUUCGCAGAUAAUAAUAAUAGUAAUAAUAAUGAUAAUAAUCAAGGUGUGUUGAAGUUUGAUAGUUUACCUUCAAUUGACGAGAUCCAAGAGAAGAAAAGUCAGCUUUCUUUGAAACUUAGAAAAUUGCAAGCGCGUUUUACAGAAGCUGUUUGUAGAAUAUACACCUUAUCCUCUCGCCUAUUUCGAGAGUAUCGCUUUGAAUUGUAUCCAAUAGUAAGCCGUCAAGCACGCCUGGUUAUAGAUAAACAAAUUCAAGCAUUACUACUAAAAGCUAAAAAUCUACAAUAUACCCUUCAAGAUACCUCUUCUGGGUCAUCAGCAAAAUUGGAUAUUCUACAGAGAACUCACCAAGAAUUAGAAGAUUCACGUCGUAAAUUGAAACAAGAAGUGGAAGAGUUGACUCGAUUGGAUAAAGCUUACGCAAGUAAAGAUGAAGCCUAUCAUGAAUUAGUGAGACAGUAUAUUGCCUGUAAACAACAAUUAUCUUUACGAUCUAAGUUACUACGAGAUACUGAUGCUGUUACUACUACCUCGAAUAAUUGUACUCGAUCUGGUCACAAAUCAUAUUAUAGUAAUAAACAUUCAUACCGUCGAUCGUUGAGUGCUGAUGGAAAUUUGAAUAAUAGAUAAAUUGUAAAUACUAUUUUUGGUAUAUGUAUAUGGCCUAUUGUUUGUAUAUAGUUAACUGUUUUUUUUUUAAUUCCUAAGAGGAAAUAUCAUGUUUUCUACUGUGUACUUUCUGUUUUUAUUUUAAUUUUCUUUGUUUGACUGAGUGAUUGACUGUCUGUCUGUCUGUCUGUCUGUUUUCGAUAUAGAACUUUGCACAUAUGUGCGGCAGUUCAAGUCGCCACACUCCCUGUGAUUAACACACAAAGCAAGAGAAGAAAGUAGAAGGAAUGCAUAAUAGAGACAGUAAACAGAGGUGUGAGACAAAGGAAUAGUAAUAACGAAGAACAAAACAGUUUCAUUGGAAAUCAUGAGUCACAAGGAGUGGAUGCAUCUGCAACAGCCAUUGAGAACGAUUUUGAGCCAUAUCACCAAUUGUUUCCAACCAUUGGUUUUUACUGUCCC